AUGGAGCCGGGGGUUCCGGCCCGCACCGGGAUCCCGAAGCCGGCCGCCCCCGGGCUGUGGAGGACUCGGCCGGCGGGCGGCGGCGGCGGCGGCGGCGGCGCCUCCUCCUGGCUGCCGGACGGGAACAGCUGGCUGCUGUGCUAUGGCUUCCUCUACCUGGCGCUCUACGCGCAGGUGUCCCAGUCCAAGCCCUGCGAGAGGACCGGCUCCUGCUUUUCGGGCCGCUGUGUCAACUCCACCUGCCUCUGCGACCCGGGCUGGGUGGGGGACCAGUGCCAGCACUGCCAGGGCAGGUUCAAGUUAACAGAACCUUCUGGAUAUUUAACAGAUGGUCCAAUUAACUAUAAGUAUAAAACUAAAUGUACAUGGCUAAUUGAAGGCUAUCCAAAUGCAGUGUUAAGAUUAAGAUUUAAUCAUUUUGCUACGGAAUGUAGCUGGGAUCAUAUGUAUGUUUAUGAUGGAGAUUCAAUAUAUGCACCUUUAAUAGCUGUACUCAGUGGUUUGAUAGUCCCUGAAGUAAGGGGAAAUGAAACUGUGCCUGAAGUUGUGACAACCUCUGGCUAUGCACUGUUACACUUUUUUAGUGAUGCUGCAUAUAAUCUAACUGGUUUCAACAUUUUUUAUUCAAUCAAUUCUUGCCCUAACAAUUGCUCUGGUCAUGGGAAGUGUACAACUAGUAUCUCUGUUGCAAGUCAAGUGUAUUGUGAAUGUGAUAAAUACUGGAAGGGUGAAGCAUGUGACAUUCCUUACUGUAAAGCCAAUUGUGGCAGCCCAGAUCAUGGCUAUUGUGAUCUAACAGGAGAAAAAUUGUGUGUCUGCAAUGAUAGUUGGCAAGGUCCUGAUUGCUCUUUGAAUGUUCCUUCUACUGAAUCUUACUGGAUUUUGCCAAAUGUUAAACCCUUCAGUCCUUCUGUAGGUCGGGCUUCACAUAAAGCUGUUUUACAUGGGAAAUUCAUGUGGGUAAUUGGUGGAUAUACUUUUAACUACAGUUCUUUUCAAAUGGUCUUGAAUUACAAUUUAGAAAGCAGUAUAUGGAAUGUAGGAGCUUUAUCAAGGGGACCUCUACAGAGAUAUGGACACUCUCUUGCUUUAUAUCAGGAAAACAUCUUUAUGUAUGGAGGCAGAAUUGAAACAAAUGAUGGCAACGUUACUGAUGAAUUAUGGGUUUUUAACAUACAUAGUCAGUCUUGGAGCACAAAAACUCCUACUGUUCUUGGACAUGGUCAGCAGUAUGCUGUGGAGGGACAUUCAGCACAUAUUAUGGAGCUGGACAGUAGAGAUGUUGUAAUGAUAAUCAUAUUUGGAUAUUCUUCAAUUUAUGGUUAUACAAGCAGCAUACAGGAAUACCAUAUCUCAUCCAACACUUGGCUUGUUCCAGAAACUAAAGGAGCUAUUGUACAAGGUGGAUAUGGCCAUACAAGUGUGUAUGAUGAAAUAACGAAGUCCAUUUAUGUUCAUGGAGGCUAUAAAGCAUUACCAGGCAAUAAAUAUGGAUUGGUAGAUGAUCUUUAUAAGUAUGAAGUUAACACUAAGACUUGGACUAUUUUGAAAGAAAGUGGGUUUGCCAGAUACCUUCAUUCAGCUGUUCUUAUCAAUGGAGCUAUGCUUAUUUUUGGAGGAAAUACCCAUAAUGAUACUUCCUUGAGUAACGGUGCAAAAUGUUUUUCUGCCGAUUUCCUGGCAUAUGACAUAGCUUGUGAUGAAUGGAAAACAUUACCAAAACCAAAUCUUCAUAGAGAUGUUAACAGAUUUGGACAUUCUGCCGUAGUCAUUAAUGGGUCCAUGUAUAUAUUUGGUGGAUUUUCUAGUGUACUACUUAAUGAUAUCCUUGUUUACAAGCCUCCAAAUUGUAAAGCUUUCAGAGAUGAAGAACUUUGUAAAAAUGCUGGGCCAGGAAUAAAAUGUUUUUGGAAUAAAAAUCAUUGUGAAUCUUGGGAAUCUGGAAAUAAUAUUCUUAGAGCAAAGUGCCCUUCUAAAACAGCUGCUUCUGAUGACAGAUGCUACAGAUAUGCAGAUUGUGCCAGCUGUACUGCCAAUACAAAUGGAUGCCAGUGGUGUGAUGACAAGAAAUGUAUUUCAGCAAACAGUAACUGCAGUGUGUCUGUCAGAAACUAUACCAAAUGUCAUGUGAGAAAUGAACAGAUUUGUAACAAACUUACAAGCUGUAAAAGCUGUUCACUAAACUUGAAUUGCCAGUGGGAUCAGCGACAACAGGAAUGCCAGGCUUUGCCAGCUCAUCUUUGUGGAGAAGGAUGGAAUCAUAUUGGGGAUGCUUGUCUUAGAAUCAAUUCCAGUAGAGAAAGCUAUGAUAAUGCAAAACUUUAUUGCUAUAAUCUUAGUGGGAAUCUUGCUUCAUUAACAACUUUAAAAGAAGUGGAAUUUGUCUUGGAUGAAAUACAGAAGUAUACACAACAGAAAAUAUCACCUUGGGUUGGCUUGCGCAAAAUCAAUAUAUCCUAUUGGGGAUGGGAAGACAUGUCUCCUUUCACAAAUACAACAUUACAGUGGCUUCCUGGAGAACCUAAUGAUUCUGGAUUCUGUGCAUAUUUAGAAAGGGCUGCUGUGGCUGGCUUAAAAGCAAAUCCUUGUACAUCUAUGGUAGAUGGCCUUGUCUGUGAAAAGCCUGUUGUUAGUCCAAACCAAAAUGCAAGGCCAUGUAAAAAACCAUGCUCUCUAAGGACUACAUGUUCCAAUUGUACAAGCAAUGGCAUGGAAUGUAUGUGGUGCAGCAGUACAAAGCGAUGUGUUGACUCUAAUGCUUACAUAAUCUCUUUUCCAUAUGGACAAUGUCUGGAGUGGCAAACUGCCACUUGCUCUCCUCAAAAUUGUUCUGGAUUGAGAACCUGUGGACAAUGUUUGGAACAACCUGGUUGUGGCUGGUGCAACGAUCCUAGUAAUACAGGAAGAGGACACUGCAUUGAAGGGUCUUCAAGGGGACCAAUGAAACUUGUUGGGAUGCACAGCAGUGAGAUGAUUCUUGACACCAAUCUUUGCCCCAAAGAAAAGAACUAUGAGUGGUCCUUUAUCCAAUGUCCAGCUUGCCAAUGUAAUGGACAUAGCACUUGUAUCAAUACUAAUGUGUGUGAACAGUGUAAAAAUCUCACCACGGGAAAACAGUGCCAAGACUGCAUGCCAGGUUAUUAUGGAGACCCAACCAAUGGUGGACAAUGUACAGCUUGUACAUGUAGUGGCCAUGCAAAUAUUUGUCAUCUACAUACAGGAAAAUGUUUCUGUACAACCAAAGGAAUAAAAGGUGAUCAAUGCCAAUUAUGUGAUUCUGAAAAUCGUUAUGUUGGCAAUCCACUUAGGGGAACAUGUUAUUACAGCCUUUUGAUUGACUAUCAGUUUACCUUCAGCUUACUGCAGGAAGAUGAUCGACACCAUACUGCCAUAAACUUCAUAGCAAACCCAGAACAGUCAAACAAAAAUUUGGAUAUUUCAAUUAAUGCAUCGAACAACUUUAAUCUCAACAUCACAUGGUCAAUGGGUUCAACAGGUGGAACAAUAUCUGGGGAAGAGACUCCUAUAGUUUCCAAGACUAAUAUAAAAGAAUACAGAGAUAGUUUUUCCUAUGAAAAAUUUAACUUUAGAAGCAAUCCUAAUAUUACAUUCUAUGUCUACGUCAGCAACUUUUCCUGGCCUAUUAAGAUACAGAUUGCAUUCUCACAACACAAUACAAUCAUGGAUCUUGUGCAGUUUUUUGUCACCUUCUUCAGUUGUUUUUUAUCCUUAUUACUUGUGGCUGCUGUUGUAUGGAAGAUCAAGCAAACUUGUUGGGCUUCUAGACGGAGAGAGCAACUACUUCGAGAACGACAGCAGAUGGCCAGCCGUCCCUUUGCUUCUGUUGAUGUAGCACUGGAAGUAGGAGCUGAACAAACAGACUUUCUGCGAGGGUCAUUAGAGGGGGCGCCCAAACCAAUAGCCAUUGAACCAUGUGCUGGAAACAGAGCUGCCGUUCUGACUGUGUUUCUUUGUCUACCACGAGGUUCAUCUGGUGCCCCACCUCCUGGGCAGUCAGGCCUUGCUAUUGCCAGUGCCCUGAUAGACAUUUCACAACAGAAGCCUUCAGAUAAUAAAGACAAGACUUCGGGUGUCCGAAAUCGAAAACAUCUGUCUACACGUCAAGGAACUUGUGUCUGAGAAUGGAAAGCGCUCCUUAGACUCUGUCCUGAUUUACUUUGCAAAUGGCUUCCGUUAAAGCUGUUCUGUGGUCUCAGGUUCCAGAGGCCAGUGUCUUAUGAUCCAGAGCCCAAGUACAGUUCCCUCUGAUUGGGCAGUGUCCCAAGUGGCCAAAGAAUGUUCCUGAGUUUUAUAAAAGUAACAGUAUUGAAGGUCACAGGUGACAAAGUCAGGGGUUUUGGUUUUUUGUUUUCGUUUUUUGGAAUAUCUUAGGAUUAUCAUAGCUAACAUUAAAUUACUCUGGAAAAAAAGAUGUAUAUUGUUUCUUAAUACAGAUGAAAGAUAUGUACUUCCUAUAAAUCAACUGUUUAUAUCCCAAGACUUUAAGGAAAGACAUUUUAUAAUGCUGAAAUAAUGAAAACUGUACAGUUUUUGCCUCAUUAGUAAUCUUAAGUUACCUGUAUAUGAAUAGGAAAUAAGAAAUUGUAAUGACUUUAAAUGCUGUUUUAUCACAUUGUAAAUGUGAAAGCGAGAUUUUGAUUUGGUAGGAUGUAGGUAAAGUGUUUUAGUAUUUCACAUGACCAAAUCAUGCCCAGACUCAAUGUGAGAGCAUAACAGUUUCCAUCUAACUGGAAUAUAGACUGCAUGAGUCCGUUUGGGUAAAUGUGCACAAGUUUACAGGAGGUUUAUUAGAAUUCUGAUGUAGAGGACAUUCCUGUCAUCUGUGCCAACUGCCUAACUCAUUAUCAGAGCUGAUGGAGCAUGGAAAUCCUGUCCAGCAAUGAAUUUCUCCCUCCUUCCCAAAACAGCCUCCAGUAUCAUGACCUAAAGAGAGCUGAAAUGGUGACUGGAGAGUGAACUGCUGCUCCAAUGUGGUCAUUUUUAAUUGCCUAGACCUAAAAGAUCCACCUGCGUUCUUAUAGGAACAUCACCUUUUCUUUUGGCUUUUGGGGUCUAGCUGCUAGAUUUCAUUUACCUUUCACAAAUGUUAUGAAAUGUAUUCUAGAGGCCAUGCUUUCCAAGCUACUUCCUGCCACCUACUCCAUGUGGACUUGGAGCAGAGACGAGUGUUGUCUGCAAGCAGCAAGAUUGCUGUUCUCACACGCACACAUCAGCGUCACGAAGGAAGUCUGCAGCUUCAAAAUAAGGUUAUUGUUGGCCACAUUCAACCCACUCUUGAAUGACUCAGAACUACGAAUUAUCGCAGAGAGGAAAAGCCAAAUCAAACAGCUUCCACACUGGAAUACGGAAUCACUUGUGUCCUAAUAUUGACCGAAGAAGCUCAGUUGCAUUAACAGAUCUGGUUUGGAAUUACAGUUUUUAAUUUCAAGGUGACUGACUACAGGAUAUUUAAGAACAAUGACAGAGAUAUCCUCAGCUGCUAUCUAUGAUAUAGUUUUGUUUAAUAUGAACGUCACUUAACCCUAAUUGAUGUUUAGUACUGCAUAUGUACUCUCAUGUUCUCUGGCUUACUGGAAGGUAAUGACACUUACACUUCAUGCCUAGUUAUGCAUGCCCUGGUUGUACAGUAGCAGAAUAUGACCCUGUUGUGAUAUUAAAUAUUUAUUUCAAAUGCCAUUAUACAUAGUCAGCCAAUUUUGAUGAGGAUUGACUGUAAUAUAUAAAAGGAAUGGUCAUAAAAUAUGUAGUUGCAUCUUAGAUUUUUAGAUUGCAUCUAGCCAUGACUAUAUCAUUAUUUUGAUAAUUAGGCAUUUAUGAAUUGUAGUAUAUGUUCCAUGUGUUGGCAUGACAGUUUUCCUAUUUUCUAUGCAUUAAAAAUAAGACACAUCUA